GCCAUCUGUCCGUGUGUUAUCUUUCUUAGAAGCUACAGCAACCCUGAAACUGAAGGACAGCUUCUGAAUUCCUUUGCCCAGUAUUUUGGUGACAGCCUUGGGAGCAAGACUAAAAGAAUGCCUUUGAUAGAAGAAACUGUCCUGCCUGGGGACCCUCUGCUCACUCUGCCUGUAGUAAUAAUAGGGAAUGGGCCUUCAGGAAUUUGCCUUUCCUACCUGCUGUCUGGCUACAGGCCAUACUUGUCUCCGGAGGCUGUGCAUCCCAACCCCGUGCUGCAUGCGAAGCUGGAAGCAGCUCGGCAUCUUUCCAUCGUUGACCAAGACCUGGAGUUCCUGGCGGAGGGGCUGGAAGGGCGCUCCCCCAACCCYGUGGCCGUGCUCUUCGACACGCUGCUGCAUCCCGACGCCGACUUCGGCUACGGCUACCCGCCCGUUCUGCACUGGAAGCUGGAGCAGCACCACUACAUCCCCCACAUGGUGCUUGGCAAAGGACCACCUGGUGGGGCCUGGCAUUCUAUGGAAGGCUCUAUGUUAACAAUUAGUUUGGGGGACUGGAUGGAAUUGCCUGGACUUGCAUUUAAAGAGUGGACAGCCAACAAGCGCAGAAACAUGAAGAGCGACCGAGUAAUGCCAGAGGAAAUAGCUUGUUACUAUAAGCACUAUGUCAAAGUCAUGGGCCUCCAAAAGAAUUUCAGAGACAAUGUUUACAUCACGUCAGUAGCCAGGCUUUAUCGAGGGACCGACGAUGAAGAUGAAAGUCAACUAAAUGAAAAUAUUUCCACCCAGCGUUUACAGAUGGAACUGGAAGAGGGACAGAAGUCGCUGAUUAAGAGAAACUGGGAAGUCAGAGGCUAUCAGAGAGCAGCGGAUGGUUCUCACGUGCCAUUCUGCCUCUUUGCUGAGAACGUGGCCCUCGCCACUGGCACCUUUGACUCCCCCGGCCGGCUACAGGUGGAGGGAGAGGACUUUCCUUUUGUGCUUCAUUCCAUGUCUGACUUUGGAGCUGCCAUAAGCAAAGGCAAACUGCGUGGCAAGGCCGACCCCGUGCUGAUCGUGGGCGCGGGGCUCACGGCGGCUGAUGCCGUCCUGUGUGCCUACAACAACAACCUCCCCGUGCUCCACGUGUUCCGCAGGAGGGUCACCGACACCAGUCUCAUUUUCAAGCAGUUGCCCAAAACGCUCUAUCCCGAGUACCACAAAGUCUAUCACAUGAUGUGCACUCAGUCGCAUUCUGUGGAUUCCAGCCUGCGUUCUGCUUACACCAGUUUCCCCGAACACCACGUGCUUUCCUUCAAGCCUGAAAUGAAAUGUGUUCUUCAGAGUGCCUCCGGACUGAAGAAAAUCUUGAAGUUUUCUGUAGCCUUAGUUCUCAUAGGGUCUCACCCAAAUCUCUUCUUUCUGAAGGACCAAGGGCAAGGCAUAGGGCAUCACACCAAUCAGCCCAUCACGUGCAAGGGGAACCCCAUCGAGAUCGACCCGUAUACGUACGAGUGCACCAAAGAGGCCAACCUCUUUGCUUUAGGUCCUCUGGUUGGAGACAAUUUUGUACGGUUUUUAAAAGGAGGCGCGUUGGGCAUUACGCGAUGCUUGGCGAUAAGACAAAAGAAGAAGCAUGAACUGAUGGAAAGCAGGGAUGGAGGAGGUGAUGGGGUACCGUAGGGGAGCAUUAGGAACCGUCACGUAUGGAAUUACAGGUGGAGUUGAACAGCCUCCCAACAGAAGCCAUUAGCAGUCACAUUUUUGUUGUGUGCAAGUAACCUGCACUUGUAUUGCUCAGUAAAGGAUGCUGUUACUACARUGCUUCAUCUUUCCACAAUACAGCAAUUGGUCGGCUGUUGCAGCUGAUCCCUACUCGACUGGAGUAGCUCCCAGAUAAACAGAAAACGAGACUAACUUGUAGUGACCUGCCUGUCAUCUCUUGCUGAGCUAAAAGAGCAGGAUUCCUCUGGGAAAAAUGAGCCUGCCACCGUGGCUUUGCAUUUCAGUGUCAGAUCCCGCAAAAUAUUCUUAGCCUGAAAUUCAGCUAACUUCUAAAAGCAGAAAGCUGUCAUAGUAUAAGAUGAUUCUUGGUCCCAAAGCAAGUUGGGAGCCUUCUGUUUGAAACAACGAUGUUAUUUAUUUGCCACAGUAACAACAGUAAUAAUUACUCUGAGCACAUAGGGAAAUGGCCUUUACUAAAGGAAGAUUUCUGUAAGCAGAGGCAUAUUGCUCAUCAGGUAUAAAUUAUCCUCUUGGAGAAAUGGAAUAAAAGAAUAAGCCUUGCCCUUUACUGCAUGAUUUGUCAGUCCAUUGGUGUUCUCUCCAUGGUAUGCCUGGAGUUGGGGCAGAACAGAGAUGCACCCAGAGGUGUGUUCCCCUGCAGUGCUAUGUACCUUCUCCGAAUACUGAUGGACACCAACAAUGAAGUGCUGAUGGAAGUGCUCUUAGCACAGUGUCAAUAUGCUGAGUAUCUAAUGUUCUACUGAAAAAAAAAAAAUGCUGGAAAGACAAGUGCAGAAAAAAAGUGUAGGAGAAGUUUCCUCUGUGCUCAGUUCAGGAAGGCUGAGGGAGAUGGCUUGGCUGAUGAGCGAGAGAUACUCUCACUUUCCAUUUGACCAAACUUUGGUUAUUUCUCUCCUUUUUUUUGUUUGUUUGUUUAUGGAGCAGCAUAUAAUAUUAAAACUACUUUAGUCUGCAGUUUUUGAAACUCAGGGAUUAUUCUCUGUAGUGAGGUAAGGAACCACUGGUUAGAAAAUGGUUAGGUUGUCUUUUGAAUUCAUGGCUGUGUGCUUGGUUUUCGUUGAUUCAUUCCAAAUGUUUUAAGUCAGGCCCAGUGUAAUAAAACAGCUCUUAUCCACUUAAAUUCCCUGCUGUGGGUGCUUUUGUGU